CACAAAUAAACAGUAGAAGAAGAAAUCACUUUCACAACAAAACGUCACAUCCUCUGACAGCUGCUACAGGUAGUCAGCUGUAGAACUUUGCUGCAAUGUUGCGCCACAUUGCUACAUCCCUGUGCCUCCGGUGCCAGUGUGUUACAGCUUUACCUUUAAACCUCAGGCCAUGUGCAACGCUGAACUCAGUAGAGAACCAGCAGACUGUGCAGGCUCUUUGUGAUCUCUCUGUGGACAUUCAAAAGGUACGGAAACUUAAGGGCUGGGUCCUGCAUCAGAGUUCAGCCUAUACUAAGGAGGUAGCUGAACUGCUGAAAGACAUGGGGGCCUCAGGGUCCGUAAUCGCUAGGAUCUUAGCAGCUCAUCCCGAGGCCGUCCUCUGUCGCCCGGAGCAGAUGCAGGCUCAGAGGGAGCUGUGGAUGUCUGUGUGUGCAAACCAGAAGGAGUUAGUUGCUAUCAUUGAGAAAUUCCCAGCCUCCUUCUUCACCCCUUUCAUCCACCAUGACAAUCAACGGAACAACAUCACUUAUUUUCAGAGCUUAAACCUCAACAAGCGAAUCAUCUCCAAACUAAUGGCCAGUGCUCCCCAGAGCUUCAGCCGGCCAGUAGAGCAGAACCAGGUGAUGGUGUGCACCCUCCAGCAAGCCUACCAGGAGCUUGGGGGAGAUGAGGUCAAUAUGAAGGUCUGGCUUCUGAAACUGCUGAGCCAGAACCCAUUUGUUCUUCUCAAGCCCCCCAAGGUGCUGAGACAAAAUCUGCUGUUCCUGAAAGAUAAAGGCUUCAGCACAGCAGAGCUCCUCCUCCUCCUCUCCAAGCUCAGGGGCUUUGUCAUUGAGCUGAACCCACACAGCAUGUGUCGCACCCUGGCAUACUCCCAGGACACCAUGGGCUGCUCUGAGGGUGAGCUGCGAGACAUCAUCCUUAACUGUCCAGCUCUGCUUUACUACCCUGAAACUCUUCUGGCUGAACGCUUCAGGGGCCUUCUCAGCACUGGGAUCAGUAUGACUCAAAUCAAAGAAACUCCAACUGUUUUGGAUUUGACCACACAGAUAGUGAAUUACCGUAUCCAGCAACUGCAGGCCUACGGGUAUGACAUCAGGACAGGUAGUCUGGAGGUCCUAAAUGGCACUAAAAAGGACUUUGAGAUGAGCUAUAGAAAACUACAGCUACGCAGAGAGAGACCGCUUUUUAAUCCUGUUGCCCCUUUAAAAGGAGAUGACUGAAAGAGGUUUCAUGGACUAAUGCAAGUGCAUUAAAGCUGUAAGUGGAUGCAUACUAUUGCUGUUAUUAUUUAUAUUGAUACUGUGUAUGUAUCAGAUUAAAGCUGAUUGAUGUGUUUAUUCCUGCAGUUUGAUUGGUCAGAUUACAAUGAUGCCAUUUGAACUAGACAGUGAAGAUGCAUGAGAGUGCAAACUGAACCAACUGGAUGUAAAGGCAGACCUAAAUUCUGUUUUUCAUGUGCUCAAAACUGAUUUUUGGUGUCACUCUUAGGCAAAGCUAGUGACAAGCAUUGUUUUAACUGUCUUCCUGCUGCCAAAUUCUCCAGCCUUGUGGGAUAUAAAGUGACCAAAAUCCAACAAACGUCUUGUGAGUGACUGAUUUUCCUCUAAUUAGUCUGAAUCUCAAUACUAAGUGCAGAAAUGUAUGAAAGUAAAUCUUUCACUUGUAGUUCAGACCAAAGAAAACUGUGAUCACACCCUGAGGUUUGAGAUUCAUCAGUGAGUGAGUGAUGGUGUUACACAUGAAAAGCAGGGCAGUUUUGUUGCAAGUGUAAAUUCAUGUUGGGAAAAAUAAAGAGGCCUAUAU